GCGUCUCAGUACUGUCGUUUUCGUUGCUGUAUCAAUGUUCCUUCGGAGCAACGACAUCGGUUUCCCUUCUUGUCAGAAGUGCCGAGCGAUCUGUAUGAAGUCCUUGGCUGAUACAUCAUCAUCCGUGGGCUUCGAGGUGAUAGAUUCUGGUAAUGACACGCAGGGAGGAGGCAUGUCUUUAUCAAUUCAGCGCCCCUUGGAGGUCAACAUUCCGGAACCUGCGGGGAUGGACGAAUUCACGACCAUGCUACGUAAUCGAUCUCUCUCGAAAGAUGAGGUGAAGUUGUGGGUGGUUGCGGAACUCCUCAAACUGAGGAAGUACCUUGACUCCUAUGGUUUGGACGCGUCCGACUGUUUCCACCAUUUGGGUGGUGACAAUAGCCCAUGUCUUGAGGAGAGCACCUUACCAAGAUGUCUAUCGGCAAACAGUAGCUCCUUGGGGCUACCCAAGUCAGACAAAGUGGAGGAAAUAAAGAAAAAACUUCUCGAUAUGCUCGGAGAGCUUAGUUUACCUUGCAAACGCUUGCCUUGGUCUACCCUCGAGCAAGAGCUAGAGAAAAAUGGGUAUGCAUUGGUCAAUUGGCCUACUGGAGUUCAUAAACGCGGGAACAAAGGAAUCCAUGACCUGAGUGCAGUGGAUGUCAACAAACUCUACGAUGCUAUUACGUGUCCAGACGAAACUCGCCGUCUGCACAUUCGUCGCCGCCCAUCAGCAUUGACAG